AUGUCACUUUCAAAUAAGACUGUAAAGGAAUUACGACAACUACUAAAGGAAAGGUACACCGUGGAAGAUGAACUAACUGAAUCUAUAGCGCUAUCAAGUAUGCGAUUCAAGCCGUCGCAAGAACCUGAAUUUCAUGCGCUAAGCCAAUCUUCCUUGCUCAAAACUAAACUAAAACAACAAAGUAGUACAGAUAUUCCGAGUUACACCCACGUACUUAUAUCAAAAUUAUCAUGUGAAAAGAUCACCCAUUAUGCAGUUCGUGGAGGAAAUAUUGAAAUCAUGGGCAUAUUAAUGGGGUUCACAUUAAAAGAUAAUAUUGUUGUAAUGGAUUGUUUCAAUCUUCCCGUAGUAGGGACAGAAACUCGCGUAAAUGCACAAUUGGAGUCAUACGAAUAUAUGGUUCAAUAUAUCGACGAGAUGUAUAAUCAUAAUGACGGUGGUGAUGGGCGAGAUUACAAGGGCGCUAAACUGAAUGUUGUUGGCUGGUUCCAUUCACAUCCUGGUUACGACUGUUGGUUAAGUAAUAUAGAUAUCCAAACCCAGGAUUUGAACCAGAGAUUCCAAGAUCCAUAUGUCGCAAUUGUGGUCGAUCCCUUGAAAAGUCUGGAAGAUAAAAUUUUAAGAAUGGGUGCAUUUAGGACAAUAGAAAGUAAAAGUGAUGAUAAUAGUGCCACUUCAUACUAUGAACUAGAAACAAUCAUAUUUGAUUCAGAAUUGAACCGAGCGCUAUUUGAAACAAAGUUAAACUUACAUUGCGUAAUAGAGGAUGAUGAGUCAGAACAAAUAUCAUUAAAUAGAUUGAUCGAUUCAAUGAAGCAGUAUAGCUAUUUGAUGGAUUCCAAAAAUGUUAGAACAAGGAUUAAGUUGGCUACUACCAGUGAACGUGUUAGCAACGAAAAUAAAAAAAACAUUGACUAUCAAAACCGUUCAACAAGGUCUCAGUUCUGCCUCAAUACGCAAAGGGGGGAUAGCACUGAAACAAGCUCCUUUGGAAGCAUGUUUUCAGGUGAUAAUACUAGUGACGUAGAUAUGGAAGAUAGAAACCUUACCGAGUUCGACAGUACUGACACUAGUCUGUGCAUAAACGGCGAACCGAGCAUUCAUGUAAAUCGCGUGGAAAGAAGCAGCAGGUCUACCGACAAUUUUCACAAUUCUAAAAAACGCAUGAACAGCAAUCAGGAAAGAUGUCAUGAUGAGGGCAAUGAUAUGUUACAGAGAAAUGUCUUGGAGACAGAUUAUGCAAGAGCAAAAAAUCGAAUACUUGCGUCAAAGAUAAAACAAUAUGAGCGGUUACGUUUUUACAAGGACACCUUUACAUUAUGA